AUGAAUAACAAGUUAUAAUUUAUUAUAGUAGUUAUUGGUUUAAGCUAUUUAGUAAACUUUUUAGGAGUUUUCUAACACUAGCAAGAGUUCAUAGCAAACUACACUGAUUGUAAGUAUUUAGAGGCGGAUAUUUAGCUAUAUGGCACAGAGGAUUCUGUUGUAUAUAAUUAAGAUAUCAUUAUUGGUAUCCAUACUAGCAUUCAUAAAGUGUUUACCACAAAUAUAGAUGUUGAUUAGCUUGAAAAAGGAGGAUUUUUUGCAAUUUAUGGUAUAUCUAAAGGUAAUUUGUUAGCUAGAAAAGUAAAAGUGCUAAAUUAUCCAGAAAAUUUAUUAUUUAACCCUCAUGGAAUCGAAAUCAGAGAGGAAUUUUUAUAUGUUAUUAAUCAUUCAUUUUAUACAGGAGGAGAAAGAGUAGAAACUUAUAAAAUAAGCUUAGAUGAAGAAGGAUUAGUUGUUUUGAAUUAUUUGCAUGCAACUCAUAUGAAUUCUAAGCUUAAUGGAACUACUAAUGAUAUAUUGUUUUUAUCAGAAACAAGGUUUAUAAUAACUUAAUGGCUAAUUUUUCCUAUACCUCUUAAAGGAAAUGGAGAUUAAAGCUUAAUUUAUACUUUAACUGCUAUGAUAUCAUAGUUAUUAAAUCUAAAAUUUACAUAUGCAUAUAAUUGUAAUUAUGUUUAAAGUGGAGAAGCUGUAUGUCACAAGAUAGAGAGCUCACUUGGUGUUGCUGUAAAUGGCAUUGCUUUUGAUGGCAAGGAUACAAUAGCAAUAAGUGAUACAGUUGGUAGAUCUUUAAAAAUUUAUAAGCUAAAUGAAAAAUAUGAAUUAGAACUUUAACAGACUUUACAAACUAAUCUUAUGAUUGAUAAUAUAAAUUAUGACAAGUAGACUUAGCAAUUUAUUGCAAGUGGAAGUAAUACUGUUUACGAAUAUCUUUUGUUUAACAAUAAGUUAGAAAGAGUGUUAAAAAAUAAAUCAAACAAAUCUUCAAUUAAAUAUUCAGCAGUUGUUCAAGCAUUUAAAUAUAACUAAUUUAAUAAAUUGUUUGAACCAGAAUUAAUCUUCCAGUCAUCUCAUUCAGUUGCAACUAUUUCUGGCGCAUUAUUUGAUCAUUCCUAAAAAUAUUUAUUCUUAAAUAACUUCUCUGAUAAGAGCAUCGUUGUUUGUGAGAAGAAUGUCUAAAAAAAAUGA